GGUGCCACGACAUCCAGCGUCUGCACAUCUGGAGGCAGCGUGGGCGGCGGCGUGUCGGGACGGAGCAUCAGGACCCUCUGCACCCCCGUGUGGAUCCGGGACAGAUUCAGCUGCUCCAGGGAGGGUGUUGAUGGAGAGCCAUUCGAAUGACAGCCGGGACAGUGGUCAUCACUGGUGGAAUUCUAGCUACAGUUAUAUUACUCCUUAUCAUCGCAGUACUGUGCUACUGUAGGCUGCAGUAUUAUUGCUGUAAGAAGGAAGAGUCUGAGUCGGAGGAGGAGGAGCCAGACUUUGCGGUGACGUCCCCUCCGCCAGUGCACUCCAAUCACAACAUUGUGGCGGCAACAGCCGCCGCCUCCUCCAUCCCUAAUGGCCCUGCCCUCUCCACCCCUCCACUGGCCAGGAAACUGACUCGAUCGCAGACCUUCUGUCCGUCUUGUACACACUAUGAGCUGCCUUUCUACCUCCAGCCUCCUCAGCCGCAGAUCCACCACCAACCAGAUGGGCUGAGGAAUGGAGGCGACCGGAUCAGCUAUCGCAGCGUCCAGCAGCAAGACCUGGACCUGCCAGUGCCUGUAAACAUUUCAAACUACCGUAAACCAAACCUCGCCCGGUCAGUCACCAUGAGAGACAUGUUCACACGCAGCUGCAGCAUCAGCACUGAUGUGUAGCUGAGUGACUCUGAAAGUCUUUGCAAGUCGAUGCUUAAAUGAGUUGGAAUGAGCUAAGCAGGACUGGACUUGGAGUCAGACUGUGUUUUUGUCAUGUUGACCAGUUUAGUCUGAUGUAGUCUGCUCUCAUUCUCCUCACCUCUUGCGGAAUGGAGGACUCAGAUGGCUCUCAGGACAGUUUUUUCAAAGGUACUAUGCUCAGGUCCAUGACCUUAAACUUGGGCCAAUAUAGCGUAUUUAAAAAUGUUAAAUUAUCAACAACAUAAACUUGGUUUGUCUUGUUUUGAAUAAUCCUUUUUUUGUUGUUUAAAGAAUGGAAUUUGUUUUACAGUUUGAUAAAGUCUGUGUAGCCCUACUUUCUCACCCAUGGCCUGAGAGAUAGGCAGAUUUCUGCCAUUUCAAAAUGACAUAAUCAGGAGGGAUUUUCUCUUUUCCAGAGCUGCUACAUGGAAAAUAUGAUUAGGAGAAGACCAGUAUUUCCCUCCUCUAUGAUGGGAUGAUCUGUCUGUUUCCCCAUACACAGAUUACAGAGAUGAUGAAAUAUCACUCAUGACCAGCUGAGAGGAAGAAGAGGGUGGUGUCCUGUUUUAGCUGCAUACAUUUUAACUUAACUUAGGCCAUAAUAGUAUAAGACCUAAAAAUAAGGGCUCACAGAAGAUGGAAAUUCCUGCUUAUUAUCCACAUCCUUUCAUAGAUGCCUCCAGUUUGAUGGGAGGCUGGUUUCUCUGAGUGUCUGCUGACAACACACAGUGUAAAUAAAGUAUUCUACACUUGAGAAGAGAAUCACCUCUGUGUUCUUGCAGGCGGGCCGGACUAGGUGCCAAAGGGGGUUUAUUGCAUUUGUGUGCAUAUACUGUAUGUGAGUUAACUGGCAUGCAUGUGUGCGUGUGUGUAUAUCUCGAUCAGUUGUUAUACCAGUUUUUAUUCCGUACACUUAAACACAAUCUGUCAUCCGUAUGUAUAAUAAACCCAGAGGUGGCUUGCAAUAACAUUUCUUGUGAAAGGAUGAACGGAUUGUAUUCUUUUCCACGUGCGACUUUACCCUUAAUUCAUGCAAAGAAUGACCCAAACAGAUUAUAUGACAAAAAGGAUUUGCAACUAUUUUGUAAAUGUUUAUUUUGCCGAUUAAAGCUAUAAAACAGGCUCAAAGUUGAGGUGGCAGUCAGGGAGGCGAAAUGUUUUUACAGCAAAAUUUCAAUGUGAUCUCCAUUCUAGUACUUCGCUGAAGUUUGUGGACUUUUCACUACAUUUCUUGUGUUGUCUCUGAUUUGUUGACAUACGGAUUCUGGGGCUAAAGAUCCACCUUUAAAGGCACAUCUAUAAAUAUUUAACAGGCCAUAACAUACGCUUCGGUCUCUCUCCUCUCUCAGCUCGUUGGACUGAGGAAUAUGUGCUCUUGCUCCAAGGUACUCUGAGAGUUCCUACUUGGGAUUGUUUUUAUUUUCUGCACUUGGUUGACUGGCCCGGCUGAAAGGCUGAUAUUCUGACUGGAGGAGCAGCGGUGGAAUUUAUGGACACACAGUUUAGUAAGAGAAAUUAUUUACUGCUUGAUUUCAGCAGAGGAAAAUGCUGGUGGUUGGCUUUGAAGGGGUUUGAAGCUGAUUGGAUUGCCGAUGCUGGACAGACCUGCCAAACUCUCAAAUGGAUGGUAAACGCCGUUGUACCCUUCUCUCUCUUUUCCCGUCUCUCUGUUGAUUUUUAUCACGCUCGUUUAUUUUCCGAAAGGUGACGCAGUGAGUUAUUUGAGUUUUUAAGUUUUUCCUCUUGUGACAUGUGCUUUCUUGCAAAUACAGUAGGCCACAGUACACACAUUUGUAAAUCUAACUUUGCGAGGACACUCAUUGACUAAAUGCAUUCUGUCGCCCCCUACUCUCAACAUUAAGCAUUGCAGCUAAAUGGCUAGUCCGAAACCUUGACCCUAAUUCUAACAUUAACUCUUAAACCGAGUCUCAACCCACAGCCCUUUGAAGGUGCAUCAGAAAGCGAGGACCGGCCAAAAUGUCCUCACCCCCAUGCUUUAAAACUCAAACUGGUCCUCACAAAGAUAGCCAUAUAAAUACGCAUACACACAAUAGUUCUCAAUGUUGUUAUUUUUGAAACUGAAACUAUGUGACAGUUGCACAGGAAAUUUAGUGCCAUAAAGACUUAUAAGAGAAUUGUAUUAUUAUUAUUAUCAUCAUUAUUAUUAUUAAAAGUGUAUAUUCAAAUGCAGUGUUGCUUUUACCUUAAAGUAUUUGAAUUACUUGCUUUAUUUUAUGAUCCAGCUGGUUUUUCAGACUCAGUACAGUGCAGCAGAAAUGUUACUGUCCUUGUUUCUAAUAUAUAACUAACAGACACAUUGUUGCUAAUAAAAUUGUCUGAAAACCCUU